AUGCCGCGCAAAGUCGCCCGAUCGCUGACCCAACUGGUCUUUUUCCUGAUUGUCUUCUUCCUGAUCCUCUACGUAAACCGACCCUCAAGCUCGCCGCCGACCUUUGCCUGGACCAAAGUCCGGUAUCGAACAACUGCACCCUCCUUACCCCCGGUGCGCGGAAAAUGCCCGCAUCUUGCCAAAAGCAAGAAGCCAGCCCUGAUCGUAUCCCACGUCGACGCCGACGGUGAGACAUCCUGGCUCACCUCGCUUCAAGAUCGCUAUCACAUCUGUCUGUACGAUGUGGACGGACCCCGUGCCAACGAGAAACCAUCCGAGACUCUACAGGUCCCUGCGAACCGCGGCCACGAGGCAAUGGCCUACCUGACAUUCCUGAUCGACAACUACGAGAAUAUUCCCGCUGCAGGCGCUGUCUUCGUGCACGGUUCACGAUGGGCGUGGCACAACGAUGCGCCGGACUAUGACAACAAGGCCCUGCUGGCGGCGUUGAACAUUGAACGAGCGUUGGAGGCAGGGUCUGGGUAUCAUAAUCUGCGCUGUGACUGGAGCACGAGUACCUGCCUUGCGUCUGCGCCGGCGCAGGGCUCGCUGGAGCUUCAGCUCCAGUCAAUCACAUCGCCCUGGAGUGCGCGAACUGCGUCUGACGUGGGCUUACCGCGGGCGUUGACGGCCAUAUUUGGAGGGGGCAGUCCGGGCAUCAAGGAGGGGUCGUUGACUGGGAGGACAGAACUCGGACGGACGGAGAAGAUACGUGCGCAGUGCUGUGCCCAGUUUGUGGUUUCGAGAGAGCGUAUAUGGCAGCAUACGCGGGAUGAGUACAUCGCGCUUAGGCAAUGGUUGCUAGAUGGAAGCGGCGGCGCUGACGGUGGGAAGAUGCGGUCGAGGAAUGACCCGGCUGCGCCUUCGAAUGACAAGGUCGCUGGACGUAUACUGUCCUAUAUGUGGCAUAUCUUGUUCGCAAAGCCGGAUGCGAACGGCAUGGUGGACCUGGAAAGAUUGAAUCGUGACGCGUGCCCUGACGCCAAGGAGUGCUAUUGCCGUUUGUAUGGCCGGUGCGAUCUGAGGUGUCCCGGGCCCGAGACAUGUCUUGGUCAGUAUAAGAUACCGAAGAACUUUCAACUGCCUGACAAUUGGGAAGCCACCCAUGGAUGA